UGUAUUCUCUUUCCCCUCCUCUCGACUCCACUUCCUUCCUUUUCGUCCUGCAGGCAUCAGGAAUACCCAAUACCCCCUUCGGCCCCUCUGUCUGUGCUCGCAAGUACCUAACACAACCAUGGCCCGACCAUCAUGGAUUGGUAAGUGAUCCGAGUCUUCCGUUGAUCGCGUCAGGCCGCGGGUCCCCUGCAGGAGUCCAUCCAACCCUACGAUUUGUACAGGAAGUACAGGACCACAAUGUACCGUGACAAUCGUCUACCCUAUGGGCGAUCGCAUCCGGCUUGGCUCUGGCUGCCAUGCAUUUCCGCACGUUCCCGGCCGCCCGCGCUGACUUGUUCGAGAUUCCCCCAUUCUUGCAUUUUUUAACUUUGGCCGCUUUUUGUCAUUCUGUUUGGCUUUUUUUUGGUGUAUUCUUUUUAUUCCCCUCUCCACUCAACCUGCUCACGGGACAGAUCGCUGGACUCGGAAGUCUCGGUUCACUAGACUAACGAUUGAUCGAACCAUGUGUCUCUGACUCGGUCUUUAUAGUCUCUCCCUUGCCGCGAUUACUGUUCUGUGCUCUACUUCCUCUCGUUGCGUCUCGUCCCACUAUAGAUCACAGUGAUCCUCUCUCUACGGCAUGCUCGCCAGCCACAGAAGUACCUCUCGCUCACCAUUGCAUUGAAUCGAACCCCGAACACGACCAAUCAGCCUCAUCUGGAUCCCUUGCGAUAACCACCCUUGCGGUCUAUGAACAGCAGCAGCCCGCUCCCGCUGAUCACGAGGCGGGCUCGACAUUGGUAGUCGCUACCGAGGCGCUUCAGCAGAUGACGCGCAAGGUCAAGGCCACCAUUGCAACCCUCGCCUCUCUCAUCCUCUACGUCUCUAUCAACAGUCUAGCCCGGACUUUCCGCCCCAACGCCUGGGUCUGGUACGAAGAGGACAAGGAAGAGCCGAGCUGGCUGGCCACCUCGGGGUCAUGGUUCGACCGCAAGGCAUGCCGCUGGCUCGGAGUCUGCGGCGCGACACACUUUCGCAUGGUGUCUAAACACUAUGGUCAUCGCGAUCCGACACGCUGGUCCGAAUUGACGGACGAGAAUUUGGCGCAGAAGCCGUGGCGGGCGUUUUGGACGAGCGGGGCCGAUAAGAACAAUCAGUCCGAGUGGGAUGCCGAUGAGCGGGCGCGACGGGAGAUCCCCGACUAUGUCUUCGACUAUGCCCCACUCGUGCAUCUCUAUUCCGGCGAACAAUUCUGGCCCGGUGAUAUCGCGGAGCAUUUAUAUCAUACUACGCCUACGCUCAAUUAUACGCCCAUCCAGGCUCAAUGGGAUCAUCCCACGUUGGAAGAUUUGAAUGGGUUGAAUCAGUGGGAGGGCGGUCGGCACGUGUUUUUGACUAGUGAUGAUGACCCCACUACGCGCCCGCCAUGGCUUGAAGGGGAGCACAAUAUUCCCCGCGUACCUGGGAACCCUGAUGACGACGAUGGCAAUGGUGAUGCGUUGGAAGAGCCGUGGGCCGAUUGGGAUGGCCGAGUCGACGGUGCAAUUCCAGAUGAGCGUGACGAUGAUGGCGCCGAGUGGGAUGACUUGAGACGGUAUACCGAGGAAGGACGAGAGCGCAUCGAGCAGGAACAGCUCGCCCGUGAAUCGAGGGAAGCACAUCGCCGCUUCAGGCAGGAAUUGAGGAAGCGAUAUGGAGGUCAUCCUCCGACGCAAGAACCUCUUCAGGGGAGUCGCAAUCAGGGCGCUGGAGGUCGCAGCGACGCGCCUGCAGUCUUGCUGGUGAUGGAUAAAGGAAACGGAAUUGUGGACGCUUUUUGGUUCUAUUUUUACAGCUUCAACCUUGGGAAUACCGUUGUCAACGUGCGAUUUGGAAACCACGUUGGCGAUUGGGAACAUUGUCUGAUGCGAUUCCACAAUGGCCAGCCGAAAGCCCUCUUCUUCAGCGCGCAUACAGGCGGCGAGGCAUACCGGUACGAAGCCGUCGAGAAAAUUGGACAACGACCGGUCAUUUACUCCGCUGAAGGAAGCCACGCGAUGUACGCCCACGCUGGCGUCCACGAAUACAUCCUCCCCUGGGGCCUCCUCCACGACAUUACAGACCGCGGCCCGCUCUGGGAUCCCGUCCUGAAUACUAAAGGCUAUACAUACGACUACGAAACCGACGACCUCCGCUCGUCAACAUUAACUCCCGACGCACCAACGGAGUGGUUCUAUUUCCGGGGCCACUGGGGUGAUAAAUUCUACCCGCUGGGUGAUACUCGGCAGUAUCGCUUUGCAGGCCAGUAUCAUUAUGUGAAUGGGCCUAUUGGACCGAGGUUCAAGCAUUUGAACCGUCGGAAGCUUUGUCAAGGGCCUGAUCGGGACACUUGUGUUAUCAGGGAUUAUAUCGGUGAGGCGAAGAGAGCACCCAAGUGGGCGGAGGUUGGGGUUGGAGAGUGAUGAUACCUCCAUGUGCCCUGAAAAACCACGAUCCCACGCUCUUUCUAUACCAGGCCUUUCCACCGAUUCUCUAUCCUAGAUGAGUACCCAUCUUCUAUGGCUUGGACCUCGUGCAGAGAGUCCCAGAGCCACAUCGGCUACGUCACCUUAUACUUUGUUUCUUGACUCAUUUCCUCCGAUAUAUACCCUUCAUACCCCCUGUUUGUUUUGUUUUUCUUUUCUUUUUGCUUUCCUUGUUUUUUGGUUGCCGUUCCUCCCAUCUGCAGAGAAACCGAGAGUAUAGACUUGCCCCGGCCUGGCGCCCACGAAAGCGUUUUCAUUCCUUUGUUUUUUUUUGCUUUACAUUCCUUUGUUACCCGGCCCCGGUCUUGGCCUACAACGAUAUGAGAGAUGAUGACCCGACUUUGACUUUGACUUUGGCUGUGAUUUUGACUGUCCUUACUUUCCUUGGACACAGCGCUAGAGAUGACCAUAUUCCCUCACGACACACUCAUUUCAUCAAUCUUUCAUGCACUACUUCGUUCCUUCAUUGGAGAAUUGGCCUUUGGCGUAUCGCUUUUGCUUUCUUUGGGAUUUCGGGCCUCUGCAUGUUUUGUUUUGGCGUGAUUCGGUUCUUUUUAAGAUUUGCGAUUUAGAUUCUUUUGCCCCCCUUAAACAGAGAGGAAGAAAGAGGAUUGGAUACAAAUACAAGAUUUAGACAAUAUGGCUUGUUU